AGCCAAUAGGGAUAUAUACUGCCGGUGGCAUCUGUUUCCCCAAUUGCGCAGUUGCUUUAAAACGAGCUCGGAGCUGACAGAAGGAGCUGGCUGAGCAUCAGCGCCCCGGUGUUGCAUCUUUAUUCUCCCUUCGUCUGAUCUGAAGUGAGCCUUGCUGAGAAGACUUAACUCGGAAAGAUGACCGAAGCCGAGACCAGAAAUAACCACGCCGACAAGCAGCAAAACGGAGAUGCCAUGGCGGAGACAUCGACUGCGGAUGAUGUUUUUGACCACACAUAUAAAGAGAAAGAGGCCAAACCACCGACGAUAUUGGUGUGGAGAAAUAUCCUACUGAUGUUUAUACUGCAUGUCGGUGCGCUUUAUGGACUGACUCUUAUUCCCUACGCAUCAUUUUUAACUCUUGCAUGGACCGCAGUGUGUUACUUUAUAAGUGCUCUUGGUGUGACUGCUGGUGCACACAGAUUAUGGAGCCACAGAUCCUACAAGGCUUCGGUCCCCCUGCGAGUCUUUCUCGCUCUUGGCAACUCCAUGGCAUUUCAGAAUGACAUUUACGAGUGGACGAGGGACCACCGUGUCCACCAUAAGUACUCUGAGACAGACGCAGACCCUCACAACGCUACGCGGGGGUUCUUCUUCUCCCACAUUGGUUGGCUGCUUGUUCGCAAACAUCCUGACGUUAUUGAAAAAGGCCGGAAACUGGAGCUGGCGGACCUGAGGGCGGAUAAAGUGGUGAUGUUCCAGAGACGAUACUACAAGAUGUCUGUGUUGAUCCUUUGCUUCCUCGUGCCCAUGUUGGUACCCUGGUACUUCUGGGGGGAAUCAUUGACUGUGGGUUACUUCGUGCCUGGACUCCUGAGGUACACUAUUGUGCUCAAUGCAACCUGGCUGGUGAACAGUGCUGCGCACAUGUGGGGCAACAGGCCUUAUGACAAGACCAUUAACCCAAGGGAAAAUCCACUGGUUGCUUUCACUGCCAUAGGGGAAGGCUUCCACAACUACCAUCACACAUUUCCCUUCGACUAUGCCACAAGUGAGUUUGGCUGCAAGCUCAAUCUCACCACUGCCUUCAUAGACCUCAUGUGCUUCCUGGGCUUGGCCAAAGACUGCAAGAGUGUUUCAAAGGAAAUGAUCACGGCUCGCAAACAGCGAACGGGUGGCAUCACCAAAAAGAGUGGCUGAGUCAGAGAGCUACGCUACAAAAACCCUUCAUCUGAUACAAUAUGCUUAACUGAGACAAAAAAGUAGCAACAGGCAUAGCAGCAUUUCACUGGUGUGGUGGUGAUUUCCAUGCUUCUGAUUAUAAGUUAUACCUAUUUGUAAGACUAAUAUUGACUUAAAGAUUUUCCAUAAAAGCUGUGGGUCUCUCUUUAUGAUUUGAAGUGUUCUUGCAGACUAUUUGUUACUAGUGGAAUCUUGACUACAAGUGCAAAUACUGCUUGUUCAUCAUAUCAAACAGGCAUGGGAGAGAGAAGAAUAAAUGAAUGUAUCUUUUGGCCACGUUAGGGCUUCAAAAUAAAUCUGUGUGAGCACUGUGUAAAAGCAGUAAUGGCAAAGUCAUCUUCUGUACCAUAUAAUUCUUAAUUUGCUAUUUAUUGGUAGUUUUUCGACACCUUGAAAGCUUUACUGAAACCCUUGUUAGGGCACUUUCUGUGCAGAGAAGAUUGAAGUUGUUUUGCUGUAAACUGUAGUAGUGUUUGUCAUCCCAUGAAGAGUGCAUUUUUGUCUUAAUAUUUGCUUACUUAAAGCUAAGGUUUUUCUCUAUUUUUGGUAAGCAAAUAAUCUUACUAAACCAUGAGCUGCUUUUUUUUUUUUCAUUGCUUACAUCAAAACAGUUAGGUCUCUCUUAAGCUAUCAGCAUUUUUCAUUUCUGGGUGACCAUGGAUUAAAAAUAAUUCUAAUGUGUUAUUGUGUUAUAUUUGACACCCUUCCUAUUCAACGGUCUUCUUGCUGAGGAUUAAGUUGUCUUCUGUAUGAAUUAUUUUUCUGUCAAAUCACUGUUUGAGAUGUGAAGCUGCCUCAGAUAUGAUCAUUAACUGUCCUGGACUGUAACAUGGAAAAGAGACCAUUCAAGUUUUGAAAACCGAUAAUUUGCAAUAAUUUUGUAGCCCUUUGAGUCACUCUUAGAUUUCUUUUCCCCUCAAAUUAGGCCUCAACAUGUGUAUAGCACAUGCAUUUGUCUUCUCCGGUGUGAUUAUAUUUAAAAAGCUUCAGCCCAAAUGCCUUAUGAGGGUUGCACAUGUUUAAAAAAAAAAUGUAAGUGCAAUAUAUAAAUUAGAGGAACACUUUUGAAGAAUCCCUUCAAAUCUGUGUGAUCCAUGCUCAUUUAUGACAACCAACAAAUCCUUAAACAAGUAUGGGUUAGUGUCAUUUAAUUCUUAAGAAAGCUGUUUGCUCUAAAAUGAGAUGUAAACCUAUGACAAAAUUAAUUAUACUUUUGUAAAAAAAAAAAAAAAAUUGCCACAAUUCCUCGUUUACAAUGCAACACUUUUAUACAGUGUUAAAAAAGCACCUUUUUUUGAAAGAAUGUUUUUGUAUGUAUUGUAAAGUACAGUAAAUAAACCAAAUUUUUGCAUAUAUCAGGAUGUUUGUUUUAAGACUCUUUAUUUACACAUUGAGGGGUAAAAAUAACCCAAAACAAACAACCUAUAUGGUUACUCCUUUGAUACUGCAGUGGUACAUUGCCUGCAAGCUUCUCUAGCCAUGUUGGCCACUCAAAACACAUUAAUACGCAAGAUGCAGUCACCUGUCCACCAUUCCUUUCAUACACUCACUACAAACCAACAAAAAGCAGAAGCCCCCAGGACCAGGAACUGAGACCAGGCUUUCUGGCUCUGAGCAGCAGAUUUCACUCCAGAACGCCUCAGUAGUCUUGAGAUUUCAUUGUAUCUGCAGAGUCAAGACACCCUGUACCAGACACACCAAAGCAGUAUCAGAACAUAACUGAGCCUCUUUCAUGUCUCACAGCAGCUGCAGUGUUUCUUUUUUAAAUUCUUAUUUUCGUGUCUGUACACAUUGCAGUGAUGUAACUUGUCCAAAAGCUCCAGUUUGAUCUCAUCUGUCCAGAGGACAUUCUUCCAGAAACUUGGUGAUUUCUGUUUCUGAUUAUGCAUUUUGACAAAUUUCAGUCUGCUUUCCUUAUGCUUUGCUGUCAACGGUGGCGUCCUCCUUGGUUAUCCUUGGCUCAAACAGCUGUUGAUAGUACGAGCCCACACUGGAGUAACUUGAUCUUGAUUGAUUUGUGUUUACCGUGAAUCUCCUGGGAAAGUUUUCUUUCGCUAUUCAUAUUAUCCAUCUUUUCAAUUUGUCAUCGAUAUAUUUCUUGCAGCCACAUCCAGAAAAGUUGGCAAGAGUCCUGUGGACCCUAAAUUUCUUAAUGAAAAUUGCAACUGUAGUUAAUU